AAACAAACGCAGCUUUCAGAAGCAUCAGGGAUACAUUUUUUCUGUACGUGUUGUUUACAGUUCAAACAUCAUGCUGGUAUUUUCAAAAAAAAAAAAAAAAAGAAAAUGUGCUCUCUGUUCCUUGAAGCAAUGCCUCCCAAUUUUCACUUUCAAUUCCCCAACUGGAAACCUCCAUUUCCAUUUCCAUUUCCUCCCACUAUAACCUCAACUCUAAGAAAACUCACUCAACUACUCCUCCUAAUGACGUCCCACCAUAUUUUAAAAUAUGUCGUUUAUGUUUCUCUUAAAUAUGGCUGUUCCUUCCGUUCCACCUCCAAUCUCAGGCAGGACCCAUUUUCAUUUCUUUGUUGAUUCCCUUUUUUGGGUUCUUGAGAUUCUGCCAAAAUGAGGCGAUGCUUGUGGGGGUUUCUUUUUAUUGCCUUUGCUUUAGCUUGGAGCAUUGCCGCUGAGCACAACCCUCGUACUGAGAGAAUUUCUGGAAGUGCUGGUGAUGUCUUGGAAGAUGAUCCAGUAGGAAGGCUGAAAGUUUAUGUUUAUGAGCUUCCAAGCAAAUAUAACAAGAAAAUCCUUCAGAAAGACCCCAGAUGUCUCUCACAUAUGUUUGCUGCUGAGAUCUUCAUGCACAGGUUUCUUUUAUCUAGUCCUGUCCGAACCCUCAAUCCUGAGGAAGCAGAUUGGUUUUAUACCCCUAUAUAUGCCACUUGUGAUCUUACACCUAAUGGCUUGCCAUUGCCCUUCAAGUCUCCUCGGAUGUUGAGAAGUGCAAUACAGCUUAUUUCCUCAAGCUGGCCACACUGGAAUAGAACAGAGGGGGCUGAUCAUUUCUUUGUUGUGCCCCAUGACUUUGGAGCAUGCUUUCAUUAUCAGGAAGAGAAAGCUAUUGAGCGGGGGAUCCUUCCAAUUCUCCAGCGUGCUACCUUAGUUCAGACUUUUGGGCAACGGAACCAUGUGUGCUUGUAUGACGGUUCAAUCACAAUCCCUCCUUAUGCUCCCCCUCAAAAGAUGCAGGCCCACCAGAUUCCACCAGAUACUCCACGGUCUAUUUUUGUCUACUUCCGUGGGUUGUUUUAUGACGUGAAUAAUGACCCAGAAGGUGGCUACUAUGCAAGAGGUGCUAGGGCAGCUGUUUGGGAGAAUUUUAAGAAUAAUCCACUCUUUGACAUCUCCACUGAACAUCCAACCACGUAUUAUGAAGACAUGCAACGAGCUAUAUUCUGUUUGUGUCCCCUAGGGUGGGCUCCCUGGAGUCCUAGGCUGGUUGAAGCUGUAGUAUUUGGCUGCAUCCCUGUCAUCAUAGCAGAUGAUAUAGUCUUACCCUUUGCUGAUGCUAUUCCCUGGGAGGAAAUCGGAGUGUUUGUUGCCGAAGAAGAUGUUCCAAAGUUGGAUACAAUCCUCACAUCUAUACCACCGGAAGUUAUUUUAAGGAAACAGAGGCUUCUUGCAAAUCCUUCAAUGAAACGAGCCAUGUUGUUUCCACAACCUGCACAACCAGGAGAUGCUUUCCAUCAAAUAUUGAAUGGCCUAGCUCGUAAAUUGCCACAUCAGAAGAGUAUUUACUUGAAGCCUGGUGAAAAGAUGCUGAACUGGACAGCAGGACCAGUUGGGGACUUGAAACCUUGGUGAUGAAACUGUUCCUCGAUAUCCGCAGCUUCACCCUCAGGUGUACCAAGUCGAGUUAGGUGUUGGCCUCAUGUAGAAUUCUAAAAUUUUUGUAUAGAAGCUUACGUAUGGAAAUACAUACUUGGAUAUAGAUGGAUGACGCCUUCCACUUCCACAUGUAAGAGUAGCAACAAUUGUUUUGAUCUUAAAUUGAAUUUUAUAUUUGACCUC